CUAAUUAGGUCAUGAGCACUUCAGAGAUGUAAUGCCUGUGGAGCAUCAUUUGCGGGGGUUUUGUUGUGCUAAUCAGACUGGUUUACUUAGCUUACAUCACCUGUUGGGUGAUGUGAUCAAAGUUUUUUUUUUUUGCUACGGAUUCUUUUUGCUCUCAGUUGCUCCUAACUGUUACAAGAUCGGAGCGAAUGUUGCGAACUGUUGAGUUGGUGGUGUGUGGGACAUGGUAUCAUGGUGCUUAAGGGAUGCAAUGCCAGGCCACACGUUGCCCCCGCCUUGCACCUUCCUUAACGUGGGUCAGGCAUUUGCAGGGACACAGAAUGUGUCAAAUAUGCAAAAGGAUGAAGCUUGGAAAGUUAACGUGCGCUUGCAAGGAGUAGACAUGCAAAGUGGCUACUUAUGUGGCAGUAUGGAGGCUUUGAAUGUACCGGCUGCUGAGACUCCGGUAGUAACCUUUUGGGAGGGGGAAAUCGUGGACAAUAGAAACUACUCUUUCUACACGGGCCAAUGGGAUGCUACGAAGGAGACAGAUGUGAAACAUUGGUCCAAGUUUGCAUCUUUCCUUGAGCUUAGAGAGGAAGUUCAGAAAGAUGGUGGAAAGUCAAUUGAUCUUGUGAAUCACCCGUACAUUUUCAUGCGAUGGAAGGAGAAGUUUUUUGUGAAUGUGGGCACCGACUGUGGAUUGACCAUAGCAGGCUUCUACUACGUCUGUUUCUCCCGCAGUGAUGGUUCUGUGAAUGGCUUUUACUACGAUCCAAACAGCAGAUACGCUGCAUAUAAUUAUGAUCUUCUUAACGUAGUACUUGGUAAUGUUUUAUGCAGCCCUUAUCAAAAGCUCGAACUUAAGGCAACAAACGAAGGGCGUGCAGGCCAUAGCUUUGCCACUUAUCAAUUUCAAUAAUGACGGCAAUGGGUUUAUUGUUAGAGGCCUACUUUGUGUACAGUAAUGUAUAAUGUUUGACUAUCUUUGUCGAGAAUCAUACUGAGUAAAGUAUCAUCUUGGUGCUCGUACCUUUCCAUA